AUGGAAAGGAGAGGGGAGGGAGAAGGGAGUGAGGGGCGUUCUUUUGAAUGGGACAGCGCUGAACUUCCGCUGGCCCAAGGAAACUGUAAUUUUGAAUCCACAGACCUGUGCAGGCAUUCGCGAUUUCAGCUUUCCUGUCUUAACAACGGCUGUGUUAACUGAAGUGGUUGAGUAUGGAAGACUAGGUUUUGAGUUUCUCUCGAAAAGCCUCGGGAAUUAAGUGGUCCUUCCUGAAACCAUUAAGAAGAAAAAUGUCUGUGACAUUGCACACAGAUGUAGGGGAUAUUAAAAUUGAAGUCUUCUGUGAGAGGACACCCAGAACAUGUGAGAAUUUCUUGGCUCUUUGUGCCAGUAAUUACUACAACGGCUGUGUAUUUCAUAGAAAUAUCAAGGGAUUCAUGGUUCAGACAGGAGAUCCAACAGGUACUGGAAGAGGAGGUAACAGUAUCUGGGGCAAGAAGUUUGAGGAUGAAUACAGUGAAUAUCUUAAGCACAAUGUUAGAGGUGUUGUGUCUAUGGCUAAUAAUGGCCCCAACACCAAUGGAUCUCAAUUCUUCAUCACCUAUGGCAAGCAGCCUCAUUUGGAUAUGAAAUACACGGUCUUUGGAAAGGUAAUAGAUGGUUUGGAAACUCUAGAUGAAUUGGAGAAGUUACCAGUAAAUGAGAAGACAUAUCGACCUCUUAAUGAUGUACACAUUAAGGACAUAACUAUUCAUGCCAACCCAUUUGCUCAGUAACUAUAAUAGCCCUGGACAAAUACCUGACACACCAUUUAGUGGACACACCUCUUGUGGUUUCCCAGUUUUAAUUAUAUCAAAGAUUGCAUCAUCCUCCUGCUUGUUUACAUCAAGGUCUUCAAUGGAAUGGUGGUACCAAGGGGAGCCCAACAGCUUUUAUGUUCUUGGAGCAUAUUCCUUACUACAAAUUUUCUCCAAUGUAUUUCUUUAAUUUUGAUAUAAAAUACCCUGUUUAAUUUUUGUUA